UAUCUAAGCAAAUAAUUUAUCGAUGGCGCUGAAGUUGCAUGGAGACCCAAUAUCCACAUGCACCACAAGAGUCAUAACCUGUCUUCAUGAGAAAUCCUUGGACUUUCAACUUCUCCCUGUUAAUCUCUUUGCCUGCGAGAACAAGCUUCCUUCCUUCCUCGCCAAGAAUCCCUUUGGUCAAAUUCCUGUGCUUGAAGAUGGAGAUCUCACUAUUUUUGAGUCCCGAGCAAUCACCUCAUACCUAUCUGACAAAUUCAAAGACUCCAGCACCGACCUAAUCCGCCACCAAAACCUAAAAGAAGCGGCCAUGGUGAAACUCUGGUCGGAGGUCGAAUCCCAACAGUUCAACCCUCCGAUCUCGGCGAUCGUCCACCAGUUCUUCGUCGCUCCGUUACAGGGAAACUCCCCGGACGAGAAGAUCAUCUCCGACAACCUGGAGAAACUAGGGAAAGUUCUUGACGUGUAUGAAACGAGGCUGACCGGAAACAAAUACCUCGCCGGAGAUUUUUACAGCCUGGCCGAUUUACACCACCUUUCUUACACUUACUAUUUCAUGAAGACUCCUCAUGCUGAUUUGAUUAAUGAUCGUCCCCGUGUGAAGGCUUGGUGGGUUGAUAUUUCUUCUAGGCCGGCUUUUCAGAAAGUUGCGGAGGGGAUGAAUUUCGGGGAUGAGUUGAAGCAGGAAGAGGGUUCUAAUUAAUUAAUUGUUUAUUAAGCUUAAUUCUCGUUUUUGUUUAAUUAAUCGUAAUUUGGGUUCUUAAUUAUGCAUGUGUUCGUG